AUGCCACCUGAUAAGCCCAAUGGUGAAUAUGAGCAAUUUUAUGAUGCUCUCUUGUCAUCGCACGUACUAUUUGAUAAGAAUUUAGUUAUACCAGGGAAUUUCAACAUAACUAACUACACUUCGUAUGUUAAUAGUCAUGGACGCAACGCAAAAUUGGUAUCGUUGAACAACUUUGCCGAGGGCCUUGCUAUUAAUCAGUUUAACAAUAUUUCAAAUUCUAUGGUAGUAGAUGUAGUGGUUUGUGACAGAUUGAACAUUCGUGGGAUCCUAGAUGAAGACGCAUAUCCCCCUGUCCCCCCUGUCCUGAAUAUAUGUUUUAAUAUCAAUUAA